AUGGCCUCCGUCGCCCGGGAGGGCGCGGGCUCGGGGCGCAGGCGCCCGCCGCCGCGCCGGGCAUUGCCCGGCCUGUUGCUGCUGUGCUUGUGGCUGCCCGGUGGCCGCGCGGCCGGUUCGCCCUCCGCGCCGCUGUCCGAGCUGCAUGCGCAGCUCUCGGGAGUGGAGCAGCUGCUGGAGGAGUUCCACCGACAGCUGCAGCAGGAAAGGCCGCAGGAGGAGCUGGAGCUCGAGCUGCGCGCGGGCGGCGACCCCCAGGAAGGCUGCCCGGGCCCUGGGGGCGGCGGCUACAGGGCCAGGCCCGACGCCAUCAUCCGCACCAAGGACUCGAUCGCGGCCGGCGCCAGCUUCCUGAGCGCGCCGGCGGCCGUGCGGGACUGGCGGCAGUGCCUGCAGGCUUGCUGCCUCGAGCCGCGCUGCUCCGUGGCCGUGGUGGAGCUGCCCCGGCGGCCCGCGCCCCCGGCCGCCGCGCUCGGCUGCUAUCUCUUCAACUGCACCUGGCGCGGCCGCAGCGUAUGCAAGUUCGCGCUGCACCGAGGUUACAGCAGCUACAGCCUCAGCCGCGCCCCAGAGGGCGAGCAGGAAGGCCUGGAAGCUGGCGCCCCGGCCCUCGCCCGGGCCUCUCCUCGCCUGGAAAAGGACGAACCUCCACUCAGCAAGGCAGGGCAGGAUGUGGUUUUGCAUUUGCCCACAGAUGGCGUGAUUCUGGACGGCCGAGAAAGCACAGAUGACCACGCCAUCGUCCAGUAUGAGUGGACACUGCUGCAAGGUGACCCAACAGUGGACAUGAAGGUGCCUCAGUCCGGAACCCUGAAGCUGUCCCACCUGCGGGAAGGAACAUACACCCUUCAGUUGACAGUGGUGGACACUGCUGGGCAGAGGAGCUCCGACAACGUCUCAGUGACCGUGCUUCCCGUGGCCUUCUCCACAGGAGGAUGCUCCAGUGUCUGCUCACGCUACCACUUCUUUUGUGACGAUGCCUGUUGCAUUGACAUCACUCUGGCUUGUGACGGAGUGGAGCAGUGUCCUGACGGGUCUGAUGAAGCUUUCUGUCAAAAUCUGAGCGCUGGCCGAGAGAUGGAGACCCACACGACUCCGGCACAGCCUAGAACCCCGGGGCCAGGCGCAGAGGCAGGCCGGAGCGAGUUGCCUGAAAAGUCUGAGAAAGCUGCCACCUCAAAACAGCCACCUGAACUACCAACCACAGAAAAGAAGAAUCAUUCCAACUUUCGGGGACCAGAAAGUCGCAUUGAUCUUGAGAUGCCAGAUGGUGAUUUCUCAGGGAAGAAUAGAAAAGAGGAAAAUUAUAUUUUUGAGUCAAAGAGCAAUCGAGGAGGAGGGGAACACCCAGCCCCAGAAGCAGGUGCAGUGCUUCCUCUGGCCCUGGGUUUGGCUAUCACUGCUUUGCUGCUUCUCAUGGUUGCCUGUCGAUUACGACUGGUGAAACAGAAACUUAAACAAGCUCGUCCCAUCACAUCUGAGGAAUCUGACUACCUCAUAAACGGGAUGUACCUAUAA